AUGGGGUCCCCUCCUAUUGGUUUAAGCAACUACUGGUGCAGACAACUUGUUCUACCAGCUUCUAUUCUUAAAAAAGUGGACCAGAUUUGUUCUAGGUACUUCUGGAAAGGAGCAGAUAUUUCUGCUGCUGGUGCUCGUGUGAGUUGGGAUAAAAUUUGUAUUUCCAAAUCAGAGGGUGGCCUCGGAUUGAAGAACACUAAAACCUGGAACAAAGCUUGUCUCAUUAUCCUCAUCCGAAAAAUUUUAGCAGGAGACGGAUCCCUAUGGGUUGCUUGGCUUAAGGCUUAUGUUUUUAAGGAGCAAGAUUUUUGGCACUAUCAAGCAGCAGCUAACUUAAGUUGGAGCAUCAACAGGAUCUUAAAAUCAAGAGCUGAAGCUCUUCCAUUACUUUCCACAGGUUCUCCGCAAGCUACGGAAAUUUGGGACUUGAUUCGUUGCAAAGGGCAGACUGUUAUAUGGCACAAACUCAUUUGGUUCCCAUCGCAUAUCCCUAAGUUCAGCUUAAUAGCUUGGAUGGCUCUGCUCAAUAAAUUGCCUACAAGAGACAGACUUCUUAAAAUGGGAAUUAACACCGACAGUAUUUGCGUUAAUUGCAGUACCUCUUAUGAAACAAGGGACCAUCUCUUUUCACAAUGUACAAUGGCAGUGGAACUCUGGAAUUCAAUUCUGAAACUUAAUGGGAUGAAUACCACUUUCUUAUCAUGGGAUGAAAUGGUCAUAAAGGCUUGUUCAUUAUGGAAAGGGAGGUCUUUGCUCACCACCAUUUUGAAAAUUUCAUGGACUGUUGUUAUUUACACAUUGUGGCAGGAAAGAAAUCAGAGAAUUUUUCAAGGAAGGAGUAGAACGCUCGGCUGCCUGCUAAAGGAGGUUAAAGACGUUGUUGGAAUCCGUCUUAGGGGAACUAAUAUUAAUAGACUUGAUAGUACUAACUUACAGCUUUGUAGCGUUUGGGGUAUAGUAUAA